GAGGAUCAGUCAGGAAUAACGCGCCUCUGUUUCUCAGGCUUUAUUCUGGACCCAGACACUAUAACACACACAACACACACUCCUGCAGCCGAGAGCACAAGAGGGAGCGGUUCACCCUGCUGCCGUGUUUGCUCGGGUCUGAGUCCAUGCAAACUGCCAUCUGAUCCACGUUUAUCAAUGCGGGAGCUGAUCAUGGCGGAUGGCCCCCGGUGUAAGAGGCGAAAACAAGCCAACCCGCGGAGGAAAAACGUGUUGGACUUUGAGAACGUUGUAGAAACCGGAUCGGAGACGGAAGAAGAAGACAGACUUUUGGUAUCGGAGGAGGACGCUUUGCUUAAUGGGGUGGGGAGUCCGGCCAGCCUUGUCAAUCAUGAGUCAGUGACUCCGCCCUCUCCCACUCUGGGUCACACACUACUGAGGAAGACUGUGGACGAUGAAGAUGACAUGAAGGACAGCGGUAUAGAGAACGUUUGGCAUGAAAACGACUUGCUGAGUGCAUCAGUCGAUGGUACAGAUGAACUGAAGGCUGAUUAUGACACGAUUGGACCCGAUGUCUCUCUGGAGCCCAUUGGGAACGGUACGGUGAAGAGCGUUCACUGUGACACUGAUUUCGAGGAUUUCUUCGGGAAGCGUAAGCUGGUGGACAGUGAAAGUCAUGUGGUCAGCAUCGCCGAAUACCUCCAGAGAGGAGACACAGCCAUUAUUUACCCCGAGGCACCGGAGGAACUCUCCCGAUCCCGGCUCGCCACUCCCGAAGCCACCGGACAAGAGGAAAACGACCUGCCACCUGGAACUCCAGAUGCUUUUGCCCAACUGUUGACCUGCCCCUACUGCGACCGGGGCUACAAGCGCUUGACUUCCCUGAAGGAGCACAUCAAGUACCGGCACGAGAAAAACGAGGAGAACUUCGCCUGCCCUCUGUGCAGCUACACGUUUGCUUACCGCACUCAGCUGGAGAGACAUAUGGCCACACACAAGCCAGGCCGAGAUCAGCACCAGAUUCUCAACCAGGGUUCUGGGAACCGCAAGUUCAAAUGCACUGAAUGUGGCAAGGCCUUCAAAUACAAACACCAUCUAAAGGAGCACCUGCGGAUACACAGUGGUGAGAAGCCAUACGAAUGUCCAAAUUGCAAGAAGAGAUUCUCACACUCCGGGUCCUACAGUUCACACAUUAGUAGUAAGAAAUGCAUUGGAUUGAUUGCAAUCAACGGCAGGGUUAGGAACAACCUGAAGACUGGUUCAUCCCCAACUUCUGCUUCUUCCUCUCCUACGAACAAUGCCAUUUCUCAGCUACGACACAAACUGGAGAACGGAAAACCUCUCGGCCUGCAAGACCAGUCCAACCACCUCAACAUCAAAUCUGAACCACUGGACUUCAAUGACUAUAAGCUGAUGAUGGCCUCUCAUGGCUAUGGUACAGGCAGCCCUUUUCUCAAUGGUGGAGUAAGGGGAGGCAGUCCGUUGGGGAUACACAACUCACAGAGUCCACUUCAGCACCUGGGAAUGGGUAUUGAGGGGCAAAUGUUGGGAUACCCAUCACUGGGAAACAAUCUGAGUGAGGUACAGAAGGUGCUUCAGAUUGUGGAUAACACAGUUUGUCGACAAAAGAUGGACUGCAAGCCUGAGGAGAUCUCCAAGUUGAAGGCGUACAUGAAGGAGUUGGGUUCCCACAUAGAGGAGCAGAAGCAAGGGCUCAAUUCUGGUGGAGCCCAGGGCACUCUUCCACUCAUCAAUCACAAUGGAGCCACCAAGAGCAUCAUAGACUACACACUCGAGAAGGUCAACGAAGCCAAAGCCUGCCUCCAGAGCUUGACUACGGACUCUAAGAGGCAAAUUAGCAAUAUAAAGAAAGAGAAGGCAAAUCACAUGCUAGAUUUAGGAAUGGAGGACAAAGCUCAUGAGAAUAAUUUAAUGUUUACACCAUUCUCCUGCCAGUAUUGCAAAGAGACUUUCCCAGGGCCUAUUCCUUUACACCAGCACGAGCGUUACUUGUGCAAGAUGAACGAGGAAAUCAAAGCAGUGCUUCAACCCACUCAGAACGCCACGACCAACAAACCCGGCUUGUUUUCUGAGAAACAUGGCCUGUUGCAUCCCUCCAUCAUCCCUGAAAAGAGCCUCAAUGGCCCUAUCAGUCCCUACAAGGACCACAUGUCAGUACUAAAAGCUUAUUUCGCCAUGAACAUGGAGCCCAACUCCGAAGAGCUACUGAAAAUCUCCAUCGCGGUAGGCCUUCCCCAGGAGUUUGUGAAAGAGUGGUUUGAGCAGAGGAAAGUCUUUCAGUACACCAAUUCCAGGACUCCUCCUUUAGACAGGAGCCCCAUUGAGUCUAUUCAUCCGGUCUCCGCUCACACACCCACUAAAGACUCUUUAGGAAUUCGUUCUCCGAUGUCCCUUGUCAAAGGUAGCGACCGCAUCACAUCCCCCACCAUCCCCGAACUACAUAACAACUGCGACACCCCGCUCAGGCUGUCUAAAACCCCUCAGUUCUCCAAUCACAAGCAGCUAGGGGAUAAGAUGGACCACUCCCGAAGCAACACGCCCUCUCCUCUGAACUUAUCGUCCGCCUCAUCCAAAAACUCCCACACUAGCUCUUACACGCCCAACAGCUUCACCUCCGAGGACCUGCAGGCCGAGCCUCUUGACCUCUCCUUGCCAAAGCUCAUGAAGGAGCCAAAGCACAUCUUGACUGUGAGAAGCCGACUCAAGCUCAACAGCGCCGCCAUUGACCAUAACCACGUCGCGACACCCCGCGAGCAUGCGGACGAGCCGCUCAACUUGGCGUAUCUCUCCAAGAAGGAGUUUGGCAGCCCCAAUGCAAACAGCAAUCUGGACAAAAGCUCUAGUCCUAUGUUUGGUCUGAACCCUUUCGCUGCCAAACCAAUGUACACCUCCUUGCCACCCCAAAGUGCAUUCCCACCACCUACAUUCAUGCCCCCGGUGCAGGCUAGUCUCCCAGGGCUCAGACCCUACCCCAGUCUUGACCAGAUAAGCUUUUUGCCACACAUGGCCUACACGUACGCGGCAGGGGCAGCCAGCUUCGCCGAGAUGCAGCAGAGGAGAAAAUAUCAGCGGAAACCAGGGUUCCAGAGCGAGCUUCUUGACGGGCCGGCAGAUUAUCUGAGCAGUCUAGAUGAUAUGGCCGACCCCGAGGCCUGUCUGUCCAGGAAGAAGAUUAAGAAAACAGAAAGUGGUAUGUACGCGUGUGACCUUUGCGACAAAACAUUCCAGAAGAGCAGUUCCCUCCUCAGACACAAAUAUGAACACACAGGUAAGCGGCCGCACCAGUGUCAGAUCUGCAAGAAAGCGUUCAAACACAAACACCACCUGAUCGAACACAGCCGCCUGCACUCCGGGGAGAAGCCCUAUCAGUGUGAUAAAUGCGGGAAACGCUUCUCGCACUCGGGCUCGUACUCGCAGCACAUGAACCACAGAUACUCAUACUGCAAGCGGGAGGCGGAGGAGCGCGAGGCGGCGGAACGGGAGGCCCGAGAAAAGGGUCACCUGGAGCCUACGGAGAUGCUGCUGAACCGGGCGUACCUGCAGGGAAUAGGUCCCACCGGAUACCCUGAGCACCCGGAGCGGGAGCCCAUCCUGCGGGACGCCCUGAACGGAAGCAUUCGAGAACGGCUCCAGGAGGUGGAGGGAGCGUUUGUCAAAAUGAGCCGCAGAGAGCACGACUUCGAGGAGGAGGAGGACGAGAGCGAGAACAAAAGCACGGACGGCGACACCAUGAGGGACGAGGAGGAAAACGGAGAGCACUCCAUGGACGAAAGCUCCAAAUCGGAGUCCAAAUCGGACCACGAGGACGCAAUGGAGGACGGGGUGUAGCGCUUGUUCUGUGGGAGGGAUGUUAAAAGUAUUGAUUUCAUUAACAAUCUGUACUAAUACUUUUUAAAUGUCCAUUUCUUGCUAAUGUUUGAGUGUUUUGUGUGCGUUCCUAUGCUGAUGAUGCACUGGACAACAUUUUGAGCAACGUUGCCUGAAUAUUAUGAUACUUUCCUAUUAAGAUUGAGAAACAAGAAUGCAUCUGUAACACUUUGAUCUAAUUUGGUUUGACUUGGUUGUCCAUUUAUGGUAUCAUUUCCCAAAGUUGCCCUUCAACAGUGUGGUCACAUGCUCAACAGAUAUGACUGUGAUUGGCUGUGAUGAUCAUCGCUUUAUCACCUGCAGCAAACACAUGCAGAGUGCGUCUCAAUCAGUACUCUUGUUCACUAGUCAGUGCGCUGAUUGCACUCAAUCGCAAAAAUCUUUCAGUACACUGAAAUGUCCGCAUCCUGAAAAGCACCAUAAAAAUCAGCGUGCAUCAACAUGGACUAUGCACCCUUAAUAUGAAUCACAUGACCCAAAUCAUCAUGUUUUUCUGAAAAGAAUCUGUUAUUUCUUUAUUUUUAACAUCAGCAAACAAAUCUAGUAAACAUUUAUAAUUGUUUAAUGGUUGAAAUGUUGCUGGUUUAUAAAACGAUCAAAUAAUUUGGCUGUGAUGUACUUUUAAAAACAGUACAAUGAAUAUAUGAGAAUGAUUAGUUCUGCUGUUGUUUACAAUCUCCAAUGUUGGUGAUGUGUAAUGAGGACGAUCUCAUGUGUCACAGUGUGUCUUAUUGUAUAGUGAACCAGUGGCCGAAUUCAUGCACAUGACCUACUGAUGAACAACCUAGGGAGCUAGGGUGUUGAUUGAGACGCAGCUACAGAUAUAAGAACACUGGAGCCUUUUAAAGCUGCAUUGAAGCCGCAUCGAUUAGUCGAAUCAUCAGUGAAUUGCUCAAAAUGGUCAAGCGAUGAUCUUUACAGCCAAUCACAGUCAUAUCUGUUGAGCUCCUGAACACAAUGACCAAUCAGCUGUGUUUAAAGGGAUAGUUCACACAAAAAUACACUAUUUACUCACUAUUUACUGACCCCCAAGUUCUUAUAACCUUUGAGUUUUUUUUCUUCUUACGAAAAGUUAGAUAAUUCAGGAGAGCUGAAAGCCUGACUUUUAUUGUAGGAAGAACUAAUAUGGAAGUCAAUGGUUACAGGUAUUUAAUAAUAUUUAAUUUUCAAAUUUUAAUUUUCAGUGGUUAGCACUGUGGCCUCACAGCAAGAAGGUCACUGGUUCGAGUCCCAGCUGGGCCAGUUGGCAUUUCUGUGUGGAGUUUGCAUGUUCUCCCCGUGUUGGCGUGGGUUUCCUCUGGGUGCUCCGGUUUCCCCCACAUUCCAAACACAUGCGCUAUAGGGGAAUUUAAUACAGUAAAUUGGCCGUAGUGUGUGAGUAGCUGCUGGAAGGGUGCAAAACAUAUGCUGAAAUAGUUGGCGGUUCAUUCCGCUGUGGUGACCACUGAUGAAUAAAGGGACUAAGCUAAAUGAAGAGUCAGUAGACAUUUUGAGGUGAACUAUCCCUUUAGGAACGCGCUCAACAAUGCUCAAAUAUUAUUGGGUAAUGGAUGUUUUGAAUAUAUCAAUACCGAUUGGUACAGAAGUCAAUAACCUUGACCACUCUAUUCUGCGGGACAUUCUGCAUUAUGCAAAAAUGAUGAAGGUGAAGAAAAAAAAAAAACUAAAUGAAGUUUAAAAAAAUAAAUUGUACAGUAUUAAGGCCUAAAAUAUGUGUGGUGCUACCAUCCUUAAAAAAAUCAUGUGUUCCAUAGUAUUUAUAGCACAAACUAGUAACUUGUACAAAAAAAGAAAAAAGAAAUUGCACUCUGCUUCUAUAAUCACUACGAGAGUACUGAAAUUAUUUGCUGAUGUAUAUUUAUACAGUGUUUAAAACCGCGGAUCAGUAUUUAAAGUGUUCGCCACACACUCUUUUAGGCCUCGUCACCUAAUCCACGUGAAGGAUCGUAACAGUAUUGCGUUUGUUUCAAGAGACUGUUUGGAGAGAGGACGAAGGUUGUUGCCUUAUAUGCAAAGCCGUAAUCAGUGCGUUUCUAAAGUGCCAACCGUCUUCAGCAUCGGAGGAGUUCUUCUCUUUCUCUCUCUUUCUCUCGGCCAAUCAGACGCUCUGCACGUUUGUUCUCUCCGUCCGCACAGCAGCAGCUCUUUAGUUUACGACGACCUUUUGUGCAAUUCCGUUCUCAGUAUUACCACACCAAACCGCAGAAUCGCAUCCUUUUUGUUUUUGUAGGUUUUAAAAUGACGUCUUAUUUAUGUGGCCCAUUUUUGUAUCUCCUGAUUUUAUUUAUUUCAUACUGUACAGUACAGUAUUAUAGUUCUUCAAUAAAAUAGAUCUAUUUUAGUAAAAACGGAACCUGAAGUUGAUGAGAGCAUUAUUGUGUUUUGAGGCAUUAAUUGUGAAAAAUGCUAAUUUUGUUUUGUUUUUUUGUGUUUUUAUUCUGUUCAUUUUUUUUUUCCAGUGACUGAAAAUUCCAAAAAAAAUAACUAAAAUCUAAAUAUUGGGGAACUUUUGAUACGAUAUUGUGAGAACACUGUAUUUUCAGCUAAAAACAGAGAACAGAUCCACUCUCAUGUGUGUUUUUUUUAUUUUAUUUUACUGUUAUUUCCUGAAGUGGAAGAAGGGACAGUUGAAAUCCAAUGUAUGAUAUCAUGACUGAAAACACACACACACACACACACACACACCAAUCUUUCCUGAAAUGUCUUUGUAAGAGUAUUAUGGACUUUUUAAUUUGUAAUUUCUCUUGGAAAUGACCAUGCUCAAAUAAAAGUAGCCAAAUUAAAGAUGUUUUCAAGAA